AUACAGAGUAUCCACAUCCAUAGAUCAAAUCAAAAUACACGCAUAUGUCAACUGAUAAGUCCCUAUUCCAUACCAUACCUAUACCCCAGUCCCAGCCUCCCUGCAUGUGGUCUUUGGUUUCUUGUCGCUCAACACCUCUCCACGCCGAACCUAUGCCAGGCCCUGUUGCAACUCGCGCGCCGAGGUUGUCCAUGAAAGCGCGAUUUGGCGACUGCACGGAUCAGAUGUCCAUCCAUGGGAACUGGUCAACUGGGGUUAGGUUCAUCGGACACGGAGAAUGGACAGUGAUGUCGACUCCGACACGAUUUGACUACAUCCCAACUUCCUGAGCGACGACAUCUGAUCCUAUAUGGCUCCUCACUCAUCAACUUCUCAUCUUGCUUUGAAAUGUUUAUGAGAAUCGCGUGUCCGCGCCAGCUUACGUGUCGUAAUCGCCGGUUUUGCAUACUGAUGGGAAUGGUCA